GUGGAGUUACAUGCAUACAAUCAUACGACUAGCUUGCGCAUGAAGCAAUGAAGUUCAGUUAGUGUUGUACAUUUCGGGGUGUUGGUUGUUAUUGUGUAUUCGCUUGCAACUUUGCGACAUUUUUUUUUUGUACGCAUUUACCCAUGGUAGUGACGGAUUGGCAGCACAAAUUAUCAGCGCGUGUCAUGAGAAUUAUACAACGAUUAGCCUUUUUGAAGUAGUAGUAAUUAAAUCAAUAAUAAAAUCAAACGAUUGCGACAGUUAUAGCUAAUUUAGUUGUGCGGUUCUGAUUGAAGCUUAAAAGCGUAGAUUUUUCAAAAUUUUCCGCAAAUCAACGUAGUAGAGUUUAGUGAUUUUGUUGACGGAUAACAAACAACAAAGUAGUCAAAGGAAAAGUUAUUCUAUAUAAAAUAAAAUCGACUAUAACUGCCACAAAAUCAAAUUUUGGAUAUUUUACUUUGGAUAAUAAGCAGUUCAUCCUCAAGAUGUCACUUUUAAGCGGUAACAGCCAUUCCUUGUCUGAGGAGGAGCUUGAUGAAUAUUCCGAUGGCACAGUUAAAUUGCGCAACUCCAACAUCGAAUUAAUGGAUCAGGAUAUACUCUAUCAUCUCGCUUUGGGCAGUGAAAGCCAUGAUUUGCAAGAAAUGUUCGGUGAUGUUAAAUUCGUUUGCAUGGGCGGAACACCAAAGCGCAUGGAAAACUUUGCACAUUUCAUAAUGUCGGAAAUAGGUUAUAAAUUACCCGCCGGUACAAAGCUGGAAGAUAUUAGCGCCUAUUCAUAUCGAUACUCAAUGUACAAAGUAGGUCCGGUGCUUUGCGUUAGUCACGGCAUGGGAACACCCUCUGUCAGCAUAUUGUUGCAUGAAUUGAUAAAACUCAUGUACCAUUCCAAGUGCCAAGAUCCUAUAUUUAUACGUAUUGGCACUUGUGGUGGUAUCGGAGUUGAGGGGGGUACUGUUAUCAUCACCGAAGAAGCGCUCGAUAGCCAUAUGCGGAAUGCACAUGAAUUUACGAUCUUGGGUAAAACUGUGCUGCGUCCUGCUAAACUCGAUAAGAAACUGGCACGCGAACUGAAGGCACUGGCCAGUGAGGAUGAUCCGUAUGACACGAUUAUCGGCAAAACUCUAUGUACAAAUGACUUUUAUGAAGGUCAAGGUCGUUUGGAUGGUGCUUUCUGUGAAUUCACCGAAGCCGAAAAAAUGGAAUAUUUAGAAAUGUUAAGCAGCAAAGGUGUUGUCAACAUCGAAAUGGAGAGUACUAUUUUUGCCGCACUUACAUAUCACGCUGGCAUUAAGGCGGCGGUAGUCUGCGUUGCGUUAUUAAAUCGAUUGAACGGCGAUCAGGUCAACGCGCCCAAAGAAGUAAUGCAUGAAUGGCAAAAUCGACCGCAAACACUUAUUUCACGUUAUAUCUGCAAAACGUUAGCGCAGAAGGGGCAGCUGAAAUCGCUUUCUCGAGGAUCAAUUAAAUCACCUCGGCGUUUUAAGCUGGUACAACAGGAGUCACAGGCGCAUGAAUAAGCUCACAUAAUCAUUUAUGUAUAUGUAUCUAUUAAGACGAAAAGCAUUCGUUGCCAGAUUGGCAACUUAUGUACAGAAUGUCUUUAAAUCAAAUGCAUAAUUUAGCAUAAUUAUAUAAAAAGUUGCAUACUCCUUCAUACAUACAUACGCACAUAAAAAAAAUGAAUAAGUCAUCAAAAUUAAGAAGGUAAAAUAAUUGUUAGAACUACUCCAUACAAAACAUUCCAGAAAAGCGUUAAAAGACAAAAACUUCGCCAAUGUUCAAUAAAAUAUAAACAUUUUUUGUAAAAAUAAAAUUUGGCAAAAAGUGAAAAGUUAAUGUUAAAAAAUCACAUUGCUGAAAAGUUGAAUACGCCGCUUUCUCCAAGCACGCAUUGUAGGUCGAAACGCUUAUUUAUUUAAAACCAGCUUUAAUACAUUUUUAAUAAUUAUUAUUGUUUUUAAUUAACUAGUUUUAUUUAAAAGCAACGAAGAAAACAUUUUACAAAAGAGAUGCAUCAACAAGUAAUUUCAUUAUUUUAAGUGGGUACACGAUGCAUUUGGAUACAUACAUUUGUACAUACAUAUAUAUGAAUUAUGAAUUUAUGUAUGGCUUUAUGAUGAAUAAGUAUCAUAUACCCUGCAGGAAAAUCUAAUGAUUCCGAAUUCAUGCGAUUUUGGUAGUACAUUCACCCAAAAUAAAAAUGUUAAAGUUAUGUUACUGUUUUAUGCUUAAUUCAAAUUAAAAAAAAAACUAUAAAUCAAAGAAAGAAGCAAAAAAUUUUGGCUCGAAGGUAGAGAAAAAAUAGAACCAGGUUUUCGCAGAAAAAUAAUCGCAUUUCAGCAUAAACAGCACACUAGCUUUGUGAACACUCUAUUUGCAAUAUUUUUAUCUUUUGAAAGAAGUUUGAAAAUUUAAAUUAAUUAACAUAAGACAACGUUUGAAAAUAAUUUGACUGAUGUAGACCGUGGUCGGUUGUUUUCAAUAUGUUUUAAGCAUAAACUUAUACAUAAACAAACUAAACCAGCUGUUUUCAUUUGUAUCAUGAGCAAAAAAUUUAAUAGCAGUGAAGUUUUUGAAAGAAAAUAAACACCGAAAACAAAAUUAAAGAAAUUAAACUU